GGCUUUCGGAGGAAGUUUGCCCCGUGGUGCUGAAAGAAACUUUCCCCGGAGCGGCUGCGGGCGGCGGGGCUAUGGGCGCUUAGCAGCCCUACACGGUACUGCUGUCGUCCGGCCAUCGAGAGCGCGGAUCGCGGCUUCGAGGAGGGCUGUAGGAAUUCCGCCCGAGCCGCUGUGUCUCUUCCUUCGCCCCCUCGAACUCCGCACCUCCACCACCUCCACCUCCACCAUCUCCCUCCGCGCCCUGCUGACAUGGGGAAGGAACAGGAGCUCCUGGAGGCGGCCCGCACCGGGAACCUCGCCGCCGUCGAGAAGCUCCUGUCCGGGAAGCGGCCGUCAGCGGGGAUCGGCGCCGGCUCCUCAGGGGGCGGAGGGGCGAGCGGCGGCAGCGGCGGCGGCGGCGGAGGGCACGGCUCGUCCUCCCACCCGCUCUCCAGCCUGCUCAGCAUCUGGAGAGGUCCUAAUGUGAACUGUGUGGACAGCACUGGAUACACCCCCCUCCAUCAUGCUGCCCUCAAUGGACACAGUGAGGUGGUGGAGCUGCUGCUGCGGAACGAGGCGGUGACCAACAUUGCUGACAACAAGGGCUGUUACCCCCUGCACCUGGCUGCCUGGAAGGGGGACGAGUACAUCGUCCGGCUGCUCAUCCACCAGGGCCCCUCCCACCCCAAGCUCAACGAACAGAGCUCAGUAGACCACAAAGAGUUCAAACGCUGUGGGCCCUUUGACCCGUAUAUUAAUUCCAAGAACAAUGACAACGAGACGCCGCUGCACUGCGCCGCCCAGUACGGCCACACCGAGGUGGUGCGCCUCCUGCUGGAGGAGCUCACGGACCCGACGAUGCGUAACAGCAAGCUGGAGACGCCGUUGGACCUGGCAGCGCUGUACGGGCGCCUCGAAGUGGUCAAACUUCUGCUCGCCGCCCACCCCAACUUGCUCAGCUGCAACACUAAGAGGCACACGCCCCUGCACCUGGCCGCUCGCAACGGGCACCUGGCCGUGGUUGAGGUGCUGCUCGAUGCCGGCAUGGACAUCAACUACGAGACGGAGAACGGCAGCGCCCUGCACGAGGCAGCCCUUUUCGGCAAGACGGAAGUGGUGCAGAAGCUGCUGAGCUCAGGGAUCAACGUCAACAUGGUGGACAAGAAAGGCCUGACGGCGCUGGACGUUGUCAAGGACAUGCCAUCUCAGAAGAGCCGUCAGAUCGCCGCGCUCAUCCAGGGUCACAUGACAGGAAAAAUCCAUGACAUGACACUCCCCCCUCCUCCUCCCCCUCCCCCACAGUGUCAGGACAAUCUGAGCCCCAUGAGGAGAGGUGAUGCGGACCCACGAGCCAUUGAGCGGGCACCAGGGCUGCCUUUGGCCCCCGAAGAAGAGAGUCCAUAUGAGGCGCUGUUCGAGGCCACGUCCUGCCACUCCCUGGACAGCUUGGCCAGCGGGAAGUCCUCAGACCGAGACUCAGGCCGGCCUGACAGCGAGGCAGGCAAGAAGGAGCGCCCGAUGCAGGCCUCGCGCCCCCUGCCCGAACGCGAGGAGGACGUCAGCUCCGAGGCCCUGUACACGAACAGCAGCGUGGAGGAGCGGGCUGAGGUGCCGGAGGAAGAGGAAGACCACACCUAUGAGCUGCUGGUGACUGCGCAGACGAAGCAGUGCGGCCCGGCGCGGCCAGCUGUGGAUAAUGAUGGUGUCACCUUGUCUUCCAACAGCCUACUACCUCAGCAGCGGAAGCCAACUCCGUCCAGUGACCCCCGACCCCCAGGGCAGCCUAGCAACACCCUGCAGCCCCCAGAUCCGGCAUUUGGGCCCGCUCGGGCUGGAUUCCGUGCUGCAGGGGAUUGCGGCCUGGGUGCUGGGGUCCCGGAGCAAUUCACGGGGCUCCUGCACGGAUCUUCGCCAGUCUUCGAGUCCAGAGAAGAGGCCUUCAAGGUGUCGGGCGCAGCCAAGGGGAGCCCAGGUCAGGAGAAGCGAGCCAUGGAUGCGCCUCUCCAGCCACCCCCUGCCCAGCCAGCGCCAGCCAUAGCGACCCACCUUCCAGACCCCAAGGCCAUUUAUGCCACCGUGGUGCACGUGCGGCCCGAAGCUCGCCAGCCACCCGGCGCUGCGGCCGCAGCUCCCCCUGCUGGUAGGAUGCGUCCGCCAGGGGAUCUCAAACUUGCCCGCAGUCUUUCCAAGUCGGACUCGGACCUCCUUGUGUCGCCGCCCGGUGAGGAGGAAGGUGGACUAAGCGGCCGCAGUGAGUCCGUCUCCAACUGCAGCGCUAGCAAGAAGCGGCUGGAGAAGUCGCCGUCGUUCGCCUCCGAAUGGGAUGAGCAAACACAGAGGUAUCAGUCCACCCAGCGACGGAGACCUAAGUCGGUCCAGAGCAUCGAGAAGAUCAUGACGCUGAUAGGAGCUGGGAUCGACUUCUCCAAAGAACAGCCGCCCACUUCCUCAGCAGGUGGUGCUGGCGCACGCUCCUUGGACCAGCCUGUGGGCGACUGGCUGGAGCAUGUGGGCCUGCCCCAGUAUGAGAGCAAGCUGCUGCUCAAUGGCUUCGAUGACCUGCGCUUCAUGGGCAGCAAUGUGAUGGAGGAGCAGGAUCUCCGCGAGAUUGGAAUCGCUGACCCGGCACACCGGAGGAAGAUCCUGCAGGCCUCACGCUCCCUACCCAAGGUGAAGGCGCUGGGAUGCGAUGGUAGCAGCUCGCUCUCCUCGUGGCUGGACUCACUGGGUCUGCAGGAGUACCUGCACAACUUCCUGUCCAGCGGCUACCGCUCCCUCGACUGCGUCAAGAACCUGUGGGAGCUGGAGAUCGUCAACGUGCUGAAGAUCACCCUCCUGGGACACAGGAAGAGGAUUAUUGCAUCCCUGGCGGAGCGACCGUACGAGGAACCCCCCGUCAAGCCCCCUCGCCUCUCGCAGAUCCGGUGUCAGGAACUGGUUUCCCAGACAUCCUCCCCUCUCAGCCAAAUGGACUCGUACACGGGCCGCUCCCUCGACCCGCUGCUGCCGCUGGGAGAUUCCGCGAGGAGGAGGGCCGCAGAGCCCGAGUAUGAUGUGUGCCAUCGAUCCCGGAGCGAGCGGCAACGCCCCCAUGACAAACAGGAGGAGCGACACCAGGAGCCCCGCCUGACGCUGCGGCCGCCCAGCCUGGCCGCACCUUACGCCCCUGUGCAGAACUGGCACCACCAGCCAGAGAAACUCAUCUUCGAGUCCUGUGGCUACGAGGCCAAUUACCUGGGUUCGAUGCUCAUCAAGGACCUCAGAGGCACAGAGUCUACCCAGGAUGCCUGUGCAAAAAUGAGGAAGUCCACCGAGCAAAUGAGGAAGGUCCCUACCAUCAUCCUUUCCAUCACCUACAAAGGGGUCAAGUUCAUUGAUGCAGCCAACAAGAACAUCAUCGCGGAGCACGAGAUCCGGAACAUCUCCUGCGCUGCCCAGGACCCGGACGACCUGUGCACCUUUGCCUACAUCACCAAGGACCUCCAGACCAGUCACCAUUACUGCCAUGUCUUCAGCACCGUGGACGUGAAUCUAACCUAUGAGAUCAUCCUGACCCUGGGACAGGCGUUUGAGGUCGCCUACCAGCUGGCACUCCAGGCCCAAAGGAACAAGCACCACCAUGGUCUCCCGGCAGGAGCUGGGUCAGAGGUCGUCGAGACCAAGUCUAGCCGACCAGUGCCCAAACCCCGGGGCAGCGUGCGCAAGUCCGCAGAUCCUCCUCAGCCUGAAAGCCGCUGCUGUCACUGUCACACCUGUACAACCCACCGUCCUUCCUACCUUCCGCUGCACUCUCUCAGUCCUGCAGUCCAGAUGGAGACCAUGGAGCUGGAGGCGGACGCCCAGUCCCAAGGAAGCGCCACGUGGCUGGUGGACUCCAAGGACUCCAAGCGCGGCAUCAGCACCAACUGAAUCCUGCGUUCAAGCGGACACCAAGCCGUGAGGGGUGUUUUCCAAACUGAGUUUUGGGGAAGGGGGGUGGGGCUCGCACCUCUACACCCCUCCGGCCCCUCCCGCCCGAAAUCACUCCUCACCCGCCGCCUCCGCCGCCGCCACCCGGGCCCCUGAUCUCACGCGUCACCAAGAGAACGUCCGAGGAGGAUCCCUCGCACGCACCUCCCCACUGAGAAAGACGCAGAGACCCCCCGGGGGGGCGUUCAUUCCUCAUUCCUCACUGAGACAGUAGUGGGCCCCACUGGACCCAUUGUGUGCUUUUUGAUACUGCUGUUAGAACUGGACUCUCAGGCUGGGCAAAGGGCCGCCCCUGUCGGUUCGCAAACGCCCCCGACCCCUGGUUUGCCCCUCUGGUACUUCAUCUCUAAGCGUUUCACAGGGUAUUGCUAUGUCUUUAUGUCCUGUAAAACGCUGGGUACAGAGAGGGGCGCUCGAUCGCGGUGGUGCCGGGGGAGGUCAAGGGUCACAGGGCAUCUCGUGUCAGCCGGACCGCUUAGGGGCGUUUCUGUCAAUGUGAAAUCGUUGUUUCUUAGUUCUUUUUCUCUCUAUCACCAAUUACACUGUUAUAUUUGCCACACAAACAUACACUAUUGUAAACUGGACUGUCCAGCAGCUGAAGCUGUUGCUUUUCCUGUCUUUUCUUGUGUGUCUUUUGUUUACUGACCUGCUUUAUUUGACCAUUCCAUAAGAUUUUUAUUUUUAUUUUUUUGUAAUUUCUUUGGGACAAAUUGUUGUACCAAAUCGCUGCCUCCUGGGAAUGAUGUUUUCCGGACGGUCAUCAGGAGCACUUCGGAGCAAAUGUUUACGUGCGGAUGCACUGAAUAUAGGGCUCUUCGUACCCAUGACAUUUUCCCCAGUUGAGCGUCACACAAGACUGCUGGUUCUUGGAAGGGAAAAGCAUCUUUAGUGCAGCAGGAAAUAUAAUAAUAAUAAUAAUAAUAAUAAUAAUAAUAAUAAGUAAUGAUCAUAAAAUAAACAAAGUUGCAUUUGAGCCUAAGUAGUUGUAAUGAUAGUGCAGCUUUGUACUGUAGGGUACUGUUCACCGCAAGUCUACAGCAAUCAGUGGAAAGUACGGUACGUUUACAUGUAACCUCUGACUUUGCUUUGAGUCCCUUGGUCUUGGGUACUUCUUCACUAUAGUGUACGUCUGAUCAAGAACUACUUAUUUUGAGGGUCCCCCCCCGUAUAUGUAUAUUUUUUUUCGUAAAUCUCAGCAAGCUAUUUUGACACUACAGGGGAGGAGGAUUUCGUUUUUGUUUUCGGGGGGAGGGGGAGCGACAGAGCGCAGCAUUUAAUGAAAUGUGCCGUUCUGGGUUUUGUACAUUUUGGCUGUAAUGAUGCCGGCGCCAGGCCAGGCUGCUCGGGGGCGGCCGACACGGAAGCGAUACGCAGGAAGUGCCAUCGACUGCCUCCCGUCCGCGGUUUGAAUCCCACCCCGUUUCAUCCACGUGCCAAACUCGAGCCGUCGGCGCGAGCCGUGGACGGGCUUUCCCGACGGCCGCGUCACACCAACCCCUCUACCCCUCUCGUCCGUCGGCACCUGUCCUUUGGGUCCGUCGGGUUGGCACUGGUGCUCAGAGAGGCUGGCCUGGCCUGGCCUGGUCUGGUCCCAGCAUUUGCACAUUCUAAUGCUAAUUGUGACGGGGUAGUACAGCAGGAACUAAUCGGUAACAUUGUCAAUGAAUAUAGUGACAGCAUUGAUAAUAAUGGACUGUAAAGUAAUAAUCCCUAGUGGUCUGUAUUUUGAUACUUGAAUGAUUCUGCUUUUAUAAAUAUAAAUAUGUAUAUGUAUGUAAUGUUUAUUUUAUUUUUUUGUUUUGCUGGAACAAGAGAGGGUAAAGUGCUGUGCAGGCUCUGCAUAUCAUGGUACCGGUUUCUGCUGUGUCUUUGCGGGAGGCCCUUAAAAUCAGACCGAGGGAACGAACUCCGAUGGACCUCGCUACGAAAA